CAGAAUACCCGGAAGUGACGUCACCAGAAGGGAAAUUCCAUCAUGGCGGACCGAGAGAGGGAAGUUUUAGAAAAGCAGAUCAAAUGUUUGUCCAAUCUGAUCAGUACCCACAAGCAGCUGUCUGCCCAGGAGGGAGGGCGGGUACAGGGGCGGGGCAGGUGGAGACAGCACACCUGUGCACCUGUCGCCCCGCAGGGACAGGCCAGGCACAGGUACACCUGGAGCGCAUCUGGGAGCAGUACUCACCUGUCUGCACCUGCCUCCAGCACUCACCUGUCCUCUUCUGGUUCCACCCACAAACUGGUGAAAACAUCCACAGUCAGCAGCGGAAAAACAACAGUAACACCCUCCGUACCCAAACUGGUGAAAACGACGUCUGUCAGCAACACAAAAACCAUAUGCACAGCCUCCGCGUACAAACUGGUCAAGCAGACAGCACCCGUGUCUGGUCACAUGACUGUAACCACGGCGACCACAGGGUGCAGCUCAGGUCGCCCCACCUCCAAAGUUAUCCCCGUGAGCAGACCCAGUUCUAAAGUUACAGUAACUACUGCAGCUUCACAACAAGGCAGCUCUCAGUCUCAGUACAGAUGGACAACCUCUACUGCUGCCUCUGGGGUGGUACAGACAACAGCAGCACCUCCUAACAAAACCCUGAGAACUGCAGUCCCCACAGGUAAAGUUACAGUAACUACGGCAGCUUCACAACAAGGCAGCUCUCAGUAUAGAUGGACUCCUGCUGCUACAACCACCGUUGCCUCUGGGGUGGCAAAAAGAACUGCAGCGCCCCCUAACACAGCCCUGAGAACUGCAGUCCCCCCGGCUAACCCAAAUGUACAGAAACCUGCAGCAUCAGUAGUGAAGCCUGCAGCCCGUCCUGUGCUCACAGCUACAUCUGUUAGUGUUAAGUCACAGGCUGACUGUAUCGUUUCUACAAAGUACUCACUGAAGAAGGUUCCCUCCUCUUCGGCACAGCUUUCUCCAAGUAAAACUUCCACCCCGAGGAUGUCAGCUGUUGCCCAACCCCCCACCGGUAGGGUUCAGUCCAGUCGGUACAAGUUUAGGAAGACUGUUCCCGACUCAGACCCUCCCCAUGCCCACAGUAGUGCUGCCGACAUGGCGGGGACAUCUGGGGUGACGUCCAGUCGGUACAGACUGAGUAAAGUCGGACCAGCAGGAACAAACAGGACAGGAACACACCGGGGAGGUGUGAGGGGGAAAACUCCGUCUCCUAAAGUUCUCACAAGUAAACACAAGCUAAGACGUCACCCUUCCGCCGGGAGAGGAAGUGUUGUGUCUAAGACGUCCCCGGGUCUGAGUAAGAAGUCUCCCGCGGGGCUGGUGGCCGUCGGGAAGUACAAGCUGCGAGCGAAGCGAUCCCACUCGGCGGGCACGCGGCGCGGCGGCAGGAAGGCGGCAGGAGGAGUGGUCAGCAGGUACAGACUGGUCAAGCCGGACUCAGGCAGGUCAUCUGAGGACACGGGGACAGCAAAGUUCCCCAGCCAGGAACAGCUGAGAUGGACAAGGUCAAGUUCCGCUGGUGUCAUGGCGGAGCAGGGUCGGGUUACAGGCACCAGGAGGGGCGGCCGCUACGUCAUCCCCGGAACAGUCUCCACACCUGGGCUUGGCCGCCGUGUCAGUCGAUAUAAGAUCAUCAAGUCCUCCACAUCAGGUGCUGGCACCAGUUCAAAACGCGCGAGGCCAGACCCUCGGACAGCGCGUUAUUACGUAAAGACAGCAUCAGGAAAACUGCUGGUGAAGGGAGGAGUCGUGUACAAACUCAGCAGCAGUCGGCUCACACGGGCAUCACCACUCACCAGCCGCACUGCGCAGAAAACUCUCACUGACAAACCAGUCGGACAGAAAGUAGUGAAGGUGAACAUCCGCGGAGAAAAGUUCCUCCUAGACUCUAGCGGCAAGACUCUGACUCGAGUCAAGGAAAAUGCAGGGGGUUCCACCAAUGAGGCCGCGGGGACACGUGCCCGGGAGGAACCACCGCAGCCCAGGGGGGUGUCCAGGGUGGUGAUCCGAGGCGUCCCGUACAUCCGCACGGCGCCGGGAAAACUUGUGCGGUCUUCGGCGACCAACAAAGUCCAGGAGCUGGCCAGCCGUGCGGUACAGAGGAGCAUCCUGACCAGCCAGACGGCCCGGUACAGGAAAACCAACCGCCAGGCGGCCGCGCGCCAGUUCUGCAUGUUCUACAACCGCUUCGGCCGCUGUAACCGUGGCAACGACUGCCCAUACAUCCACGACCCCGACAAGGUCGCCGUCUGCACAAGGUUCUUACGUGGAACGUGUCCGGUGAAUGACUGCCCUUUCUCCCACAAGGUGGCACCUGACAAGAUGCCGGUGUGUUCGUACUUCCUGCGCGGCGUGUGUAACCGUGACGACUGCCCGUACUCCCACGUCUACGUCAGCCGCCACGCGCAGGUGUGCCAGGACUUUGUCAACGGCUACUGCCCCAGGGGGAAACAGGACUUCGUCAACGGCUACUGCCCCCGCGGCAAGCAGUGCUCAUCAUUCAGCCCACACCUGGUUUACCUGUGCCGGCCAGGAGAAGUUGGAUGGAUGUGUGCUGACCCCAGGGCCUUUGUUUGUCGGGACAAUGGACUUGCCUGGAUCGUGGGUGAUUUACUGCGACCCAGAGUCCCCCUGCACCGCAAGGUUACCCCCGGCACUAUUGUAAUUGUGAACUACACAGAGAGGCGGCCCUCGGGGAGCCCUGCUUCUCCGGCAAAGGGCUCCCCCGGGAUGCACAAAGAAGCACACGCUGGAGUGCCCAGACUUCAGCAGGACAGGUUCGUGCCCCCGCGGGGGGAGAUGCAGGAUGGUCCACAGGAGGAGGAGGGAGAAGAGGAGACGAUCAGAGGCUGGGCAGGAGACGGGAGAGCCUGCUACAUCACUCAGGUGAGGAUGGGGUACAGGCCUGCAGAAGGAGACUCAGAGCAUCAGCAGGAGUCUAAGGAAGAUUGUCAGGAGGAUUCUGAGGAGUCUUCUGAGGAGGAACCACCCAGGAAGGUCGCCAAACUUCCCUCCUUCAUCUCUCUGAGAGACGAGGAGCCAGUCGGCAGGGACGACACUACAGAACGACCAACCAGUCAAGGUCAGGAGAAUCUCCCAGCAUCCCCUGCACAGCCAGGUAGCCAAUCAGAAGGCAGCAGGGCUCCUGCGGAACCAGUGACAGUGAAACCUGACACCCCCGGUGUGAAACCUGACACCCCGCGGCACGCGCAGGCCGGCGGCGCCCCGCCUACCCCCGUGCCGAGCAAACAUGCCGCACCGCCCGGUCGUCAGCCGCACGGGCCCGCACCAGCCUGGGACAACACGGCCUUACACCACUAA